AUGGCUCAACGAUCGCAACCGGCUGCACUGCUGGGGAGACUCGUGAGACCUGUGAAAGCUGCGCGUUGUGCUGUUCAUGGUCGAGCGCGAGUCCAGAGCACGGGCAUCAACUAUGGCGGGUUUGGCCGCCAUACAGGACGACAGGCUCCUUAUCAGGUAGCAUACGCCGCUAUAGGAUCACAUUGUAUUAUUGGAUCUCGGGGCCUGAGCACAUCGACACGGUCAUCAGCUGAGAAUAACGAGGAUCAUGACGACACAUCUGAUCGCCUACAGUCGGAAGGCGACCAGGAGCACGCCAUCAUCUCAGCAUUUGACCUUUUCUCGGUCGGUAUAGGACCAUCAUCAUCCCACACCGUUGGUCCGAUGCGUGCAGGCAAGAUCUUCGUCACGGAUCUGAUAGAUGCCGGUCUCCUCCAUAAGGUGACCCGGAUUCGCGUCUCCAUUUAUGGCAGUCUGGCGCUCACGGGAGAAGGCCAUAUGACUCCGAGUGCAUUGCUUCUCGGUCUUGAAGGAGCAGAUGUGGAAUCGGUCGACACGGCCUAUGUUCCCACACGGUUUGCGGAGAUCAAGCAGAGCAAGAAAUUGUAUUUAGCGGGUUCAGGAUCUGCCGAUGGCCGGGAGAUUGAUUUCGAUUAUGGUCGGGACUUUAUCUGGGAGUGGAGUCGCAAACUUCCAAUGCAUAGCAAUGGAAUGCGAUUCAGAGUGUUUGACGAGAAUGGAGACCAGUUGGCCACGAAUGACAUGUUUAGUGUUGGUGGUGGAUUCGUGGUGAAUGGAAAGAUGUCAACGGCUUCGGCACAAAAGCCCUCAGACCCUUUAUUGCCCACCCACGGAGCUGCAGAUGGAGGCCAAGCUGUCGCAACAUCGACAGAGCCAGUUCCAGAACAUCAUCCCAUCGAUUUGUCUGAAAACUUGUUCUACAAAGAAAUCAAGCGGUCUGACGCAGCAGAGGAGCGGAGAAGUGGUGCGGACUACGAUUCCCGGCCCAGGGAUGGAUCAUCAGAGCAACCGCAGCAACAUCUCUUGUCCGAUGCAAAAUCGAAGGACUUGGAUGUCGAGCAUGCAAGACCUGUCACCAGCGAGUCUGGCCAUGCACCUUAUCGCUUUCGCAACGCCACCGAACUUCUGGCACUGUGCAAGAAACAUAAUUUGACCAUCGCUCAAUUGAUGUUCGAGAACGAGAAGGGCCUCGGUCUUCAAGAGAAUGAAAUCUUUGACAAGCUCUUUCACCUCUGGGAUGUCAUGGACGAUUGCAUCCGGGAAGGCGUGCAAGCACCAUCACACGCAGCCCUUCCCGGUUCACUGAGGCUCCGCAGAAGAGCGCCAGCCUUGUACCAACAACUCACUCGAGGGCUAUACCCGGAACACACUCAGGUCCAACCAAUAACGACGUCAGCCCAGAUACAGGCCCCUUCAUCCUCGGGAACCGCAGGACCCUUGGCAACUACGGGCAGUGCAGAGGUGGGCAGUCGAACUCAAAGCCAGAGGCGCACAACAGCGAUGCAAAUGCAACAGCGUCGGCCGCCGCCGCGGUUGGUGGGGUCUCUUCGUCAUCCGAUAUCGAUCUCGCCAGUACGCAGUGUGUCACUCCCGGCAAUGGAUUACCUUACAGUAUACGCCAUAGCUGUGAACGAGACCAAUGCAGCUGGCGGGCGUGUUGUGACCGCGCCGACGAACGGUGCCGCAGGUAUUAUCCCGGCAGUGCUUAAGUAUGUCGUGGAGUUUGUCAGUGAUGAUCCCGAACGAGACAUUCCGAUCUUUCUGCUCACCGCUGCCUCCAUCGCCUCACUCUUCAAGCGUGGCGCGACCAUAUCUGCCGCCGAAGGAGGCUGUAUGGCUGAAGUGGGUGUAGCGUGCUCCAUGGCGGCUGGUGCAUAUGCGGCCUGUAUGGGUGCAGGACCCGAGACGAUUGAGCAGGCUGCAGAAAUCGGUAUCGAGCACAAUCUGGGCCUGACGUGCGACCCUGUUGCCGGGCUGGUUCAAGCACCGUGUAUUGAACGAAACGCAUUAGGUGCAAUCAAGGCUGUCUCGAGUGCCAAUCUUGCCUUGAACAGUGUACCUGGGUUGCAAAAGGUCACGCUGGACGAUGCCAUUCGUGCAAUGCGUCUUACAGCAAAGGGCAUGAAGGAGGAGUUCAAGGAGACAAGUCUCAGUGGACUGGCGACCAGCGUUCCCUUGAACAUUCCUGUCAGUGUGCCGGACUGCUGA